UUAUCUCCCUAUACUUCUUUUCCAAUGCGAAAUUAAAGGUGAGUAGAAUAUAUAUUUUGCCAUUAUAUAUGUACUAUAGUAUCAUCAACACGUGGAGCCAAACCCAAAAUAUGCAUAUGGCAUCCUCCAAUAUUGCUGCUGCUGCUCCACCUCUCACUAGGUACGAUGUGUUCAUCAGCUUCAACGGUAGGGACACGCGUAACGGUUUCACUAGCCAUCUUCAUUCCGCUCUGUGCAAAAACCAGAUCGAAACAUUCAUAGACUAUAGAAUUGAGAAAGGUGGCGAGAUCUGGCAAGAACUCGUGGAAGCCAUAAGAGACUCGAUUGUGUAUCUGGUCAUCUUCUCCGAAAGCUAUGCGCAGUCCAAGUGGUGCUUGCGGGAGCUCGUUGAGAUCAUGGAAUGCAAGAACAAGAAUGGAGACUACCAUGUCAUUCCUGUGUUCUACAAGAUUGAACCAAGCCAUGUUCGGAAGCAAACGGGCAGCUACUACUCCAUAUUUGCGGAAUAUGAGAGAAACUUGGACCAUGGCCUUGUUCGCCAGUGGAGAAAGGUACUCUUUGACGCUGCCAAUAUCUCCGGCUUCGAGUGCAAUGGCCGCAGGACCGAGGCUGAGAUCAUUGAAGGCAUAAUCAAAAUGGUUGUACAGAAAUUGAAUCACAAAUAUACAAAUGAACUCAGAAGUCCUUUUAUACGAGAUCAAAACUAUGCAUGCAUUGAAGCUUUUCUGAAAAUGCAAUCAAGGGAAGUUCAAACCAUUGGAAUCUGGGGCAUGGGCGGUAUAGGUAAAACAACCCUUGCCGCUGCAAUUUUCAAAGAGUUCUCUUCCAAAUUUGAGGCUAGUUGUUUCUUGGAAAAUGUAAGAGAAGAAUCAUCAAAUCAUGGACUCAAUCACAUAUUCAAGAAACUCCUUUGUGAUUUGCUGGAGGAAAAGGUUCAUAUUAGCACUCCCAAAGUAAUAUCCUCAGCUAUCAUAAGGAGAUUAAGGCGUAAGAAAGUUUUCAUUGUACUAGAUGAUGUCCAUACUUCUGAACUCUUAGAAACUUUGCUUGGAGUUGGCCAUGAUUAUCUAGGAUUUGGUAGCAAAGUGAUUGUGACAACCAGGGAUAAGCAUGUGCUUCAGGGUAGAGUCAUUGUAGAUUACAUUCAUGAAGUAAAAGAAAUGAAUUUUGAGAAUUCCCUUAAACUUUUCAGCUUAAAUGCCUUCAACAAGCAUUGUCCUGAAAAUGAAUAUUGGGAUCUAUCAAUGAUAGCAGUUGCUUAUGCAAGUGGGAUCCCUUUGGCUUUGAAAGUUUUGGGAUCUUUUCUGAGAUCAAAAAGUUAUAAUGAAUGGGAGAGUGCAUUGGCAAAACUGAAAGCAGUUCCCAAUGGAGAUAUUCAGCAGGAAAUGGGUCACAAAAUUGUCGAUGAAGAAUCCACUAAGAACCCAGGAGGACGUAGUAGGUUGUGGAAAUCUGAAGAAGUUCGAGAUAUAUUGAAAAAUAACAAAGGGACUGAUGCAAUUGAAACAAUAUUCUUGGAUAUGACUCAAAACACUGAUGAGCUGUGCAUAAGUUCCCAGGCAUUUAGGAAGAUGCCAAACCUAAGGUUACUUGCUUUUGCAGAUAAUAAAGCUUUUCAGAGGAAGAAGAAGAGAACUAAUGAGACACUAGACCUUCCAACAAAUCUUGAGUUGCCUAAUAAUUUGAGAUAUAUCCAGUGGGAUGGUUGUCCAUUGAAAUCUCUAACAACUAGUUGGCCUAGUAAGCUUGUUCAGCUUUCCAUGCCAUACAGCAACGUUGAAAAACUUUGGGAUGGGAAACAGAAUCUACCCAGUCUGGAGGUAAUUAACCUUGAAUGUUCUAGAAGCAUGAAAGAGUGUCCAGACUUGUCAGGUUGCCCAAAUCUAAAACUAGUGCGGCUCACUGGGUGUGCAAGCUUGACUCAUGUUCACCCUUCUGUUUUCUCUCUUCCAAAGCUUGAAAGUUUGCAUGUAUAUGAAUGCAACGCACUCACAGCCCUAUCAAGUGAAUAUUGUUCACCAUCUCUUCAAUCAAUUGUUGCUUAUAAUUGCCCUAAUCUCCAAGAAUUCUCAGUCCCAAUGAUUGGUGAUCAUUCCGGAAUUCAUCUGCAUCUCAGGUCAACUGCUUUGAACAAACUACCAUCAUCAAUAUUUCAUCUUAAGGAUCUUCAACACUUCUCCUUUCCAAUUAGUGAGAGCCUUAUGGAUCUUCCUACAAACUUUGCCUUUCAAAUCUCGCUUUCUGACCCUGUUCAACAUAAAUAUGACACUGCAAUCACCUUACAUAAAGUACUACCUAGCCCUGUCUUUCAAUCUGUAAACCUUGCCCCAAAGCCUUAA